GGUUGGAUUAUUUAGAGUUUCAAUACUUUGCCGAUAGCGAAGUGGAAAAUGCACUCCAAGCCUACGAUUUAACGAGCUUCCUAUCUCUUAGCAUCUCUCUCUGUUCGCUCCAUUUUAAUUAUCGUCUUCAGUUUUUCCUAACUAAAAAGUAAAACUCCCCUGCUGAGUAGUUAGUGCAAGAGCAGUGCAUGAAAUCCUUCCCGAAAAGACGAUUUAUGCUCCAAUCAAUCUUCCUUUCAUUGUCGUCAAUCUCGUUGUAUUAUUAUGUGCGUUUAACCGUUUCUGUUUACUGCUUUAACUAUUUCAUCGUAGAACUUUGUUAUAAAAAUCUUAACCCCGGUAUUGCGUCGUUAUCAUGCUGAAACAAGCUGAAGGAACCGAAUAGUGCUGACGCAGCGGGUGGUAGCGCUUGUGAUACCACACUUCUGAUAACAGAGCUGAAGAGAGUAACAAAGAUAGCGCGCACCUUAUCCGCUGUUGUUCCAGCCCCGGCGCCCACUGUUCCUUCCGCACUCGCUGUUAGCGCGUGGGUCUGUCACGGUUGCAGAAAUCAUACCAUGUCCAUCUUGGCCGUAGGCACCGCUAGAGGAGGAAAAUCGUUCUUAGCUCACUAAGAAUUCUGCACGUUGCAUCGCGCAUCAAACAUUCCCCACCUGCAACAGCAGUAGCAGCUAUCAAUCGCUCCAAUCAACCAUUUAUAAAGUGCCGAAAAUGAGACUAGAAGGAUGGUACUCGUUAUUGCGGUUGUUGUCGGUACGUGCUGUGGUCGGACCUGCCGCGCUGGCGUUGCUGCUGAUUCUGGCCGACGGAAAUCCCCUGCUGACAACUACGGCCACCCCAACUGGCAGCUCCCCAAAACUGAUCAUAAACGGCACCAACUGUACGAUAGUGGAGCCACUGUACAAUGUGUCCUUAGAUUUCCAUGAGCUGAUUUCCGAUCUGCGCCAUCACGUAACGUCCGAUCGGGAGCGUUUCGUCUUUAAUGUGUGUAACGAUGAUCAGCCGGCCGCCUUACUGGUUCGCCCGACAACCGGCAAGAAUAUCACACUCGGCUACAGCGCCAAUCUCCGACUCGAGGAUGGCCGCAUACACUUUAGCUUCGAGGGAGAACCGUGCCUCAGUCAUGGUUCGAAUGCUACCAGCAAUCAGCGCUACUCGCUUGAUCUGAUUCUACUGUGCAGCUACGAUCGAAACCAGGUUGAGUUGAGCGUCAUACCGUACUCACCGGACCAGUGUCAGUACUACAUCUUCUGGACGACACCACACGCCUGUCUCCCAUUGCCAGAGCCGCUUCGUGAAGCGCACUGCACCGUACGUAAUCCGACAGAUGAACAGCAUACAUUCAACCUGAGCCCGCUAGCGAAUGUAAACCAUCAGGUGUCCGACGGGCGUGGGUCCCACUUUCUUGUGUCCGCAUGCAAACCUGUACACUACGGCCAUCUGGCCAUGUGUCCACCCGGCAGUGGUGUGUGUUUUGUGAACGUGUCUGCAACAGACGUGCGGCAUCGAUACGUUGAUUACGGACAGAUGGUGGCUAAUCCAAUGAUCGACACUGCCACCGGACAAUUGGUGAUGCAGCUAAACUCAUCGACCGAGCAGUGUGAUAGUUCGCGUAUCGUUUUCGAAUGUCCCUCGGGCAAUGAGCCGGGUCAAGAUGAGGGUCCUCUGUACGUUGGGAAGGAGAAAUGUAUUCACCAGUUUCGUUGGCGCACCGCAUUGGCGUGCAACCGAAGCCCCCGUCCUUGUACGGUCGAGAAUCCCAUAACAGGAACCGUUUACGAUCUGGAACCUCUCGCUAACCGGGUGUACAAUCUGACAGAAGGCAACCGAAACUAUGAAGUAGCUGUGUGUCAGAUGCCCCAGUCCAUUACCAGCUGCCCAUCCGGUUCCGGUUCUUGUGAGAUCAUUGGGUCGCAGUCGGAUAGCUACGGUGAAGUCAACUCAUUGCUGCAGUAUGCCACCACUGGGGCUCCAUUUCUGCUCUAUGAAUCCGGAGCUUUAUGUCGUGGCGAACGGCGCUGGAAAACGAAGCUUGAGUUCAUAUGUGAAACAGAUCGUGAACAUGUUAAUCCUGGUAUGAUGGUCGCUCCGCGAGUCGUCGAAAGCGGAGAUGCCGCUGACUGCCAGCUAGUGGUUCAAUUCGAGACGGUACUCGUCUGUGAGCCGCCAAUGCAUUGUCGGGCUUUUAAUCGCACUGCCGAUGAUUGGGUUGAUCUUACUCCGCUCGUAAAGAGCAUCGGCAACUACGAGGUCAAGGGGGCCGGUCGUCGAUUUCUAUUGAACGUGUGCCGGCCUUUGGUACCGCAGUACGGGCUAAGCUGUCGGGGAGGAGCAUCUGCUUGUGCUGCCGAUUUUGACGGCACGACUUAUCGAAACGAAACAACUAUAGGAUUCCCAGAUGUCUCGUUGACGGUGGCAGGAGAUACAGUGUUGCUACGAUAUUUGCGGGGCGACAAGUGCCCAGGUGAUCCACACACGAACGCUUCUUCUACGGUUACCUUCCGUUGCCAGCUGAGCCCAACUGGAUUUGGGCAUCCGGUUCUGACACAUAUCGAAACGGAUUGUCAUUAUCGAUUCGAUUGGAAUACUAGUAUUAUAUGUCCGGGGUCGACCGACGAUGUCCACUUCGAACGUACGGAAUGUAGUCUCAUCAAUGUGGCCACUGGUAGUCUACCGUUGUACAUGAAGCAUAUCAUGAUUGGGAGUGGAAAUGGGACGGGAUCACAGAAUGCAAAGUUUGCACUCGAGACGCUCUGCAACGGUGUAACAACACCUCGAACAUGGGUGGAUUAUAGUACGGCCACAUUGCAGGUGCAGUUCAACGGUGCCAGUAAAGCCAGCUGUGAAACAGUUACUACUAAAGGAACGAAGAGCUACAAUCUAACUCUUGUCUGCGGAAACGUCGAUGUUGGAAUGGAAACCAUUAUGGAUACCGAUUGUCAGGGGAGCUGGAGGCUGCAAACCAAGGCGGUAUGUGGACUGGUGGGACGGGAGGCUCCUACGAUCAACGAGGAGGUAACGGUACAGCCGGGCCUACCACCUGACCAGGACCAGAACGCGGCUGGUACAACAACGGUGCAGCAGCAGUCGACUGUUCCACCGACACCGGCAGCGCCCUCUAGUGGCAGUGGCCAUACAUUAGGCAUCGUGCUGAUCUCGCUGGGUGUGUGCCUGGUGGUGGUGUCCGCGGUGCACACGUACCUGGUGUGGCGCAAACCGGAGUACCGCCGCCGGUCCGGACCGCUAGUCGCGUUCCUCACUUGCCACCGGGGCCGGUCCGAACGGAGCCACGAGUACCGCGGUACUGCUUACACGCGGGUUGAUAACAACGAGGUAUCGAGCCUGCUGCUGAACGCAGCCGACGUGUCGAACGACACCGAUGACGAUAUGCUGAUUUAAACCAAACACUAGUCUGUGCGUACUUAGCGUGCUGUUACUUAAAAGCGUGAUAAAGUUCCUUAAAGCCAAACAACCAAAAAAUUCCGCGCGAUCGCCCCGAGCAGCAGGUGUGCAGCAACAGCAGGGGGAGCAGUAAGCUACAAGGAAAUCGUUGUGAUGUUUCUAGAGUACGGUUUUUCGACCGGUAGGCUCAUGCCCGUAACUGUAACGCGAUCACUUACGCCUGUUAUGAGUACGGUCAAAAUCAGCCAGCCAGGCCGGCAAAGUUAGUCAGAAAAAGAGGUGAGACAGACAGAGCGAAAAGGAUGGCACUGGAGGGCACUGGUGGGGAGACAGUCCAUCCUGUAGCCCCUGUCUAGUGUUGUGUAAUCGGUUGUGUAUUUGUUUUAGUAAAUAAAAUGCAUCUUAAUAAUGA